UGGCUCCUCCCCGCGCGAAGAUUUGAAAACGGCUUUGUGAAGGAAGGAAGGCGAGUGUCGAGGACGAACAGGAAAAACACAUUUAGAAAUGGCUCCCAGGAAAAGGACCACCAAACAACGCAAGAAUAACCCCAAGACGGCAAAACUGGAAGCUUUUCUGGAGGAUUUUGACAGCGAGGUGAAGACUAGAGUUGGACAGCUGAAAGAGAAGAUAAACCAGCUGUUGAAAGAUGUUGACAACAGCUACAACAUGGCAAUAAUUAAGCUCCCCAAGGCUGUCAGACAAAUGAACUGGUUGGAGCAUUGGAAGUCUGAGAAACCACAAACACCAGAACUCGAUAAUGCAAAGAGAAAAGAGGAAGCUGCACUCGUGGAAAGUGUUGUGGCUAAGGAUCAUACAUCUCUUCUAAAAACAAUUGAGAAAACAUCAAAGAAGAAAGGUGGGGCUACAUUGAGCUCUGAGGAUGAAAACGUCCCAAGCACAACAAAAAAGGGGAGAACUACCAGAAAGCCCCCGACUAAAACAAAGAGGGCAAAGGCGCUGUCGAUCAGCAAGCAGAGCUCCACCAUCAGACGAUCAAACAGGAACCCCCUGAUUACUCCUGCCAGAAGCUUGCUGGAUUCUUCUUUGAUGAUGGGACCCACUCCUCUUAUUACCCCCCGCUUUGACCCAAGGCUUCCUAAGACCCCCGCAGUGAGAGUUCCCCGCCACAAGGAGAGGGUCUAUAGCAUUUCAGUCAACGGCUCUCCCAUUGCAGCAGGAAAUGAGGAUAUUGUCAUCAAUGUUCCCGUUGGGAAUGGAGAGAGCAUUCAACUGCUGGCCAGUCAGAUGGACUCAGUGGAUCUGUCACUGCUGGACGAAGCCGCCAUGAGGAGCAUUCGGCAGCUACAGAAUCGACUCACAACAUUGUGUGGAACAUCAGAGUGACCAAACAGUCUGCUGCGGACUUGUACUAUACUUUUUUUUUUUAAACACAAGUUUAUCUCUAUUGUAAAGCUUUCAUCAUUCUCCUACAAUGUGGCAUGUUUUUUUUUUUCUUUUUUUUCCCUUUAUACAGAUUAUACUUUAACUAAUACUUUAGGAUACCGUGUAAGGUUAAUAUUUGCUGCGCUGGACACUGUUUUCUUGAGAUCCUUCACAUUCACUGGAAUUAAUCUAGGAGUUAAACUGUUAAUUUCAUUGUAUUUACAUUCUCCUAAAUUAUCUCUUUACUUUAAAAUGUAAUUUUAUAUAGUUUCAGAUGCUUUUUUGUUGCAGGGGAAAUUGGAUAGAUUUUAGUGCUAUUCCAGUCUUUUAUUCCUGGCCAGUCUGGAUUUAAUGGAUCUUAAUAGGACUUGCAUGAUAAUAUCCAACAGAAACAUGCAGUAUGUGCUUAUCAGAUACAACUUUCUCUUUAUUCUUUUUUUUUUUAUUUUUAUUUUUUAAAAAAGUACAUUUUCUGAUAUUAUUUGUGUGGUUUGUCAUUGCUGCAAUAAACCUCCUCCAUGUCUUUAUCACUAACCUUGUAGUUACAUCAUUAGUUAAAAUAUAUGUCGUGUACAUCAUGCACUCUGUCUUCAUAACUGUGUGAUGUGGUUAUUUUCUUGUUUAUUGGGGUUUUGUAUUCUUAAAUAUAGCAGAUGGCAUGUUUGAAUUUUAUCUUAAUUAUGCCAUAAUGUGGAAAUUUGUUUUUUCUUUCUUUCAGUGGGCAGAUUUUUUUGAAGUUGUAUCUGUGCAUAGUGACCAGUAGGUGGCAGCAUUUCACCACAGAAAUGUUUGUCAGGCACCUGAGCAGCCUCUGCUCUUUUUUUUUUGUUUUGUUUUUUUUUUUUUUAAAGGGGAAAAAAAAGAUUUCUGUAUCCGAUCAAACUUUUAUAACUGCUUGUUAUUUACUGGUAGCAAAUUUGUAUAUGUUGAUUUUAAUUUUAUAAUCUGUAAAGUUAUAGGUGACUGUAUUCUCUCUUGUAUUAGAUUACAC